GUUCCUUCACAGAGCUCUCUCCCUCCCACUCUACUGAUCUCUCAAAUCAAUCAACAAUGGCGUUCUUCUCCCGCCUCCGUCUCCCGUCCCUCACCGCCGCGCACCGCAAUUUCUCCACGAUUCUAUCAGCAGACUCCAAGGCUCCACUCUCCGCGAAAGACAAAACCCGCGCCGCUCUCUCCCUCCUCAAAUCCGAGCAAAACCCGGAGAGAAUCCUCGAGAUCUGCCGCGCGGCCGCCCUGACUCCCGAUUUCCACCUCGACCGCAUCGCCUUCUCCAUCGCCGUCACCAAGCUCUCCGAUUCCAACCAGUUCUCCUACAUCAAGCAGCUCCUCGACGAGCUCCGCCGCGACCGCCCCGACCUCCGCACCGAGAAGUUCGCCGCUCAGGCAAUCGUUCUCUUCGGCCAGGCCAAUAUGGUCGACGAUGCGAUUGCCACUUUCAAGAAGCACCACGAUGACGCCGGCUCUGCCGCCGGCUCCGUGAAGACGCUGAACGCCUUGCUCUUCGCCUGCACCAUUGCGAAGAACUACGUCGAGUUGAAGCGGAUCUUCGUCGAUUUCCCUAAAAUCUACUCAAUCAGUCCGAAUCUCGACACUUACAACACUGUAAUCAAGUCGUUUACCGAGUCCGGGAGUUCGAGCUCGGUUUACUCGAUCCUGCAAGAGAUGAAGAAUAACAGAAUUUCUCCCAACGCCACUACUUUCUCCAAUCUGCUGGCUGGCUUCUACAAAGAGGAGAAGUUCGAAGAGGUGGCUAAAGUUUUGGAACUGAUGAAGACAGAGUAUUCGAUCUCCCCUGGAACUGCUACUUACAAUGUUAGGAUUCAGAGCUUGUGCAAGCUGAAGAGAGCUCGGGAAGCAAUGGCUUUGCUCGAGAAGAUGUUAAAAGAGGGCCCCAAGCCUAAUUCCACUACUUUUGCUGAGUUGAUUCAUGGGUUUUGUAGCGCAGGGGAUUUGGAGGAAGCCAAGAAGCUGUUUAAGAGCAUGGUGGGCAGGGGACACCCGCCUUGUUCUGAGUGCUACUUCACUUUGAUCUACUACUUGUGUGUGGGGAAGGAUUUUGAUGCUGCUUUGAGGUUCUCUAAGGAGAGUAUGGAGAAGAACUGGGUGCCGAAUUUCUCGACGAUGAAGCUGUUGGUGAACGGGCUUGCGGGUGAAGGUAGAGUUGAAGAGGCAAAGGAGAUUGUAGGGCAAAUGAAGGAGAAGUUCUCCAAGAAUGCCCAUUUAUGGGAUGAAGUUUUAGCUGGCUUCCCGCAGUAAGCGAUAUGAACGAUGAACAUUGGUACUGCCUCGGUCGAUUAAUCGCUCCCACUUGUUUGUGCUUCUUUCUGGAAAUGGUUAGCAAGAUGGUGGAAGUAGCCCUAGAAGUUCCUUCCUGAUCGUGAGGCUUCGCUAGUGAGCUCAAUGCAUUGUGAUAUGGUUUGCCAUAAACUACUGUAAUCUAUUUCUGCAUUCGUUCCUCAAUUCUUGGCCAGAUGCUCAUCUCCUCACUCUUUUGGCAUCAACGUCACU